ACGGGAGCGGCUCACGGAACAGGUCUGUCCUGUUUCGUUCAGGCUAUAAAAGCAGCCGGAGUGAGUACAGCGGGGACAUUUGUGUUUUGGAUGCUGUGCUUGAGCGGGAGCAAGCAAAAGGGCAGGAAUGGCAGACAUACGCAAGAAACUUGUCGUGGUGGGGGACGGCGCAUGUGGGAAGACAUGUUUACUGAUUCUGUUCAGCAAAGACGAGUUUCCUGAGGUGUAUGUCCCGACUGUGUUUGAGACAUAUGUCGCGGACAUAGAAGUGGACAACAAGCAAGUCCAGCUAGCUCUGUGGGACACAGCUGGACAGGAAGACUACGACCGGCUGCGCCCCCUCUCCUAUCCGGACACCGAUGUCAUUCUGAUGUGCUUCUCCGUGGACAGCCCGGACUCGUUGGAAAACAUCCCUGAAAAGUGGGUCCCCGAAGUCAAACACUUUUGCCCGAAUGUACCCAUCAUACUAGUGGCCAACAAGAAAGAUCUGCGCAACGACGAGAACGUAAAGAACGAGCUGUCCCGGCUGAAGCUGGAGCCAGUGAAGGCAGAGGAUGGCCGGGCCAUGGCCAUGCGCAUUGGCGCAUAUGACUAUUUGGAGUGUUCUGCCAAAACCAAGGAGGGGAUCUGGGAGGUGUUCGAAACAGCAACACGGGCGGCCUUGCAAAAGCCAAAAACACCAUCAGGAAGUUGUCUCAAAUGCUGUGUUUUGAUGUGAAUGCGGAGCUGUCUGGGGAGCCGUGAGGGCAGACAAGCCGUUUCCACCUCUGGGAUGUGUCUGAACAUGUAUGCGCAGUGACCGCGGUUCGGAUACUCCCUUUGUAGUCAGGCGACUGUGGUUGAACCACAACGAACUGACUGCAGACAAGUUGUGUCGAACACUCGAUAAUCGUCUGACAUUGGUGUGUGUGUGUUUGUGUGUGUGAAACGCACUGAUUACAGCAUGUUCUUUGUGGGUCACAUGAUCCCAGUCUGACAGGUGGAGGGGUAAAAGGACAACCCGCUACGUUUCAGUGGGCGACUUAUGUUAUCCCCUUCUAAUGUGGACACGGCCUUUCCGGAGGCCUGCUUUGGAGCCAAGAUUUCAGUUGCUCACUAUUUGUGUCUCUUAAGUGUUUGCAUAGGUCACUGCUUCACUGCCAAGGCUACACUUUGUGAUGAGCAAAAGAGUAAAAAUUGCACUCGUUGUUCAACCUAUGUCCACUUUGUAUUGUAAAAUAAUUGUACUUAGUUUGGAAAAAUUGCACAGCACCUGGUAACUACAGUGAUUCACAGAAAGUUUUACAAAAAGUACGAGUCACUGCACGAUGUCCAUGGUGUUCAGUAUAGUUUCUUCUGUUUUCCGCCAUAUUUGAAAAAAGACAUAGCUUAAGUUUACAGAUAAUGAAAUCCGUUGUCUCAGGUUUGUUGGUUGGUCCCACAUCCAAAAAGUAUGUUUUGUUUUGUUUUUUUUUUCAUGCCACAGUAUUAAGUAGUUAAGUAUUUGUUAUGCAGCAGGUCAAAUACUAUCACAGGUCUUGAGAAGGGCUAACCAUAUUGUCUGGUGUAGUUUUGCAAGUUUUCAGGUGGAUGUUUUGUUACUUUUAAUUGCACAAGCUGUUACAAGAAAUGUCUUUUCGUUUAAGUUUGCAAAGCAUGCUACUACCCCAAAUUACAAUGCUUGCUGGUGGCUACAGUGACUCAUUUUGGGAAAACAAUGAAGGAAAAAGUCAUGCAGAUGUAGCCAGUAGAUAGCACACCCAAAGAUUUGGAAGAUCUGUUUGACAUUUUUCUUUUAGCUACAGCGUCAUUUGGAGUUAUUUGGGUGAAAUUUCAAAGAGAGGAUUGAGCAUGUGAUGAACGUUACCAUGUGAGUGCUUUGCUCAGCGAAACACACAUUCUUAGAGAAGUGUUUUGAAAAGAAGAGUGGGCUUUGUCAGAGCUCCAUGAGCCAGUGGCACACUCUCAUAUGGGAUGAAGCCAUCAGAUGGCAAUUCAAUGGAAAUGUAUGUAAUGUAUGUCAUUAAAACCACAAUCUUUGAAUAAUUACACAAACUUAAACAAAAUGGUACAAUUUGACUAUAAAACACUAGACAAACACUAAAUGUAAAGUUGUGUUUUUUUUCAGGAGCUGUAAAGGUUUGUUUACAGCAGUAAAACUGAACUGUGAUUGGUUGAGGGACACAAAAAAACACACUUAAUGUCUUCCAUUAUGACUGUGAAUGUACCUCAGAUGUAUUUGGUCAAAAAUAUUGUUGGGGCUUUGAAGCUAUUAGCAGAAAGCAAUGUCUUUGAGCUUAUUUUUCAGACCUGUGUAAUAGAUUCAGCUCCUGUCUGAUCAGCGUCUCCACAGAGGUGUUGUGUUGCUGUCCUCUUACACUACGGUGGGAGAGCUUGUUCGAAUGACAGCUAUGAACAUCAAUUACAGAGACUGUUGCUACACUGGGGAUCCAGGGUGAAACCCUGGUGGAUUCAGCUUGUAAGAUUUUCUUUUAGCAAUAUCUGGGGAAAAAAGCUCAAUUUUGCUUUGAACAUGUCACUUUCCUGUGGUUCAGUCAGAAACCAUAGUAAAGAUAAAUCUGAUUUUAUAAAUCUAAUCAGAGUUACAAUGGCGUAAAAGUCACAUUCCUCCCUGCCCUGUGUUGCUGGGCUUUUUGCUGACUUACAGGACAGGAAUGCAUUGUGCUGGACUGGUUAAAUUUCCCUCACUGGCCCCCCUCAUGUGCCUCUGAUUUCCAAUGUUGUCGGGUUAUAAAUCACUGAUCAGACAGUGCCGUUUUUCUCUGCUUCUUUAUUUCAAUUUUUUAAAACAAACUAUGGAGAAGAAAACCGCUGAAAAUGUGCCAAAUGUAUUUGUAAGAGCUGAUCACAUUAUGACCACGUUCAUGUGAUGAUGUCAUUUUAAGGUCUGGAUGGUAAAUUGGGAACAGUGGAAGUUUUUGUGAGGAAAACAAUUCGGUAUGUAAGGGAACAAGUGGUACUGUUUUGGGAAAGUCAAUAAAAGAACCGGUGUGUGUCACC